CGGAAUCGAAGACAACACAGACUACUACGGGUACGAUCUUGCGUCAACGUCCCAAGCCUCGGCCGACAAGUGCUGCGGGGACUGCGAGGCUACUGCUGGCUGCAAGCUCUUUGUCUGGACCGACUACAACGGCGGGACUUGUUGGCUGAAGCACCAGGUCGGGCCCAAGUCUUUCCUAGCCGGCGCGAAAGCCGCCGUCCGCAACACCGCUUGCAGUCCGCUGGUCCAAGAUGUCGACUACUUUGGAAACGACAUCACGACGUCUUCGCAAUCGAAUGCGUCUGGAUGCUGUGCCGACUGCAAGGCGACGGCUGGCUGCAAGGCGUACUCGUGGAGCGACUACAACGGCGGCACGUGCUGGCUCAAGUCAGCCAAGGGCGUGGCCAUCCCUCGACCAGGGAUUGUGUCGGGCACGAUCUAA